GGGGCCGGCGGGGUCCGUGGCCAGGGUGUCAGAGGGAGAGACCCCCAGGCUGGGACCCCGAGAGGUGGCAGCAGGUGUCCCAUCUGCCAGAGCUGCAGAGAGACAAGGCGGUGGCUGCUGUGCUGGGUGCAGUGAGGAGGAGGCCCUCGGUGGUGCCCAUGGCUGGCCAGGACCCCGCGCUGAGCACGAGUCACCCGUUCUAUGACGUGGCCAGACAUGGCAUUCUGCAGGUGGCAGGGGACGACCGCUUUGGAAGACGCGUUGUCACGUUCAGCUGCUGCCGGAUGCCACCCUCCCACGAGCUGGACCACCAGCGGCUGCUGGAGUAUUUGAAGUACACGCUGGACCAGUACGUUGAGAACGAUUAUACCAUCGUCUAUUUCCACUACGGGCUGAACAGCCGGAACAAGCCUUCCCUGGGCUGGCUCCAGAGCGCAUACAAGGAGUUCGAUAGGAAGUACAAGAAGAACUUGAAGGCCCUCUACGUGGUGCACCCCACCAGCUUCAUCAAGGUCCUGUGGAACAUCUUGAAGCCCCUCAUCAGUCACAAGUUUGGGAAAAAAGUCACCUAUUUCAACUACCUGAGUGAGCUCCAUGAACACCUUAAAUACGACCAGCUGAUCAUCCCCCCCGAAGUUUUGCGGUACGAUGAGAAGCUCCAGAGCCUGCACGAGGGCCGGACGCCGCCUCCCACCAAGACACCACCGCCGCGGCCCCCGCUGCCCACCCAGCAGUUUGGCGUGAGUCUGCAAUACCUCAAAGACAAAAAUCAAGGCGACCUCAUCCCCCCUGUGCUGAGGUUCACAGUGACGUACCUGAGAGAGAAAGGCCUGCUCACCGAGGGCCUGUUCCGGAGAUCCGCCAGUGUGCAGACCGUCCGCGAGAUCCAGAGGCUCUACAACCAAGGGAAGCCCGUGAACUUUGACGACUAUGGGGACGUUCACAUCCCUGCCGUGAUCCUGAAGACCUUCCUGCGAGAGCUGCCCCAGCCGCUUCUGACCUUCCAGGCCUACGAGCAGGUUCUCGGGAUCACCUGUGUGGAGAGCAGCCUGCGCGUCACUCGCUGCCGCCAGAUCUUAUGCAGCCUCCCAGAACACAACUAUGUCGUCCUCCGCUACCUCAUGGGCUUCCUGCAUGCGGUGUCCCGGGAGAGCAUCUUCAACAAAAUGAACAGCUCUAACCUGGCUUGUGUCUUUGGGCUGAAUUUGAUCUGGCCAUCCCAGGGGUCCUCCUCCCUGAGUGCCCUUGUGCCCCUGAACAUGUUCACUGAACUGCUCAUUGAAUAUUAUGAAAAGAUCUUCAGCACCCCAGCGGCACCUGGGGAGCACAGCCCAGCACCGCGGGAACAGGGGAGCAGGGCAGCCCUUUUACAGGAGGCUGUGCCGCAGACACAAGCCACGGGCCUCACCAAGCCUACCAUACCUCCGAGUCCCCUGCUGGGGACCAGAAGACGUCUCUAGUGUUGCAAACACUCUAUUUCAAGCUACCUCCCACACCUGUCUGUGUACUUGUAUGUUUUGUAAACUUGCCAUCUAUAAAAAUAACUAGGCAUUAGCUGAA